AAAAUUCAAACUCCCUCCACUCCCUCUCCGCGUAUCUACAAAGACAAAUCCAGAGCCCAAGUGCUCCCAUGUCCUAACCAACUCAUACUUUUUAAACACUCUCUCCACUUUCAUAGAAAAACAUCUCCGAAAAUUAUCGGUUCGAAGCUUUCCGGCGACAAUGGCGGUUGAUUCAGGCGCUGCUUCCAGUCAGAUGCUCAAGAGCCCUAAGAAGAACACCAAAUCCCAUCGAGACGCUCCUCUUUCUCCCAAGGCGAAGCGGAGGAGCUCACCCGGAAUCCGCCUCGUCGGUGGUCGGAUUUAUGAUUCCGUCAACGGAAAAACUUGCCAUCAGUGUCGCCAAAAAACAAGGGAUUUUACUGCAGCAUGCAAGAAUCAAAACAAAAACAAGCCGUGUACGAUUAUGUAUUGUCACAAAUGCCUUUUGAACAGGUAUGGUGAGAAGGCAGAAGAAGUAGAUGCUUUAGGAGAGUGGAGCUGUCCGAAGUGUAGAGGAAUUUGCAACUGCAGUGUGUGCAUGAAGAAGAAAGGUCAUCAACCUACUGGUAUACUUAUUAAUACGGCGAAGAAAACUGGCUUUUCAUCUGUUUCUGAGAUGUUGCUUAAAGGAGGAGCUCAACAUUUGAGUCGUGAAAAAGAUGUUGCAGUGAUUGCUGCUUCGCCAAAGAAGGAUGUUGCCCCUUCACCCAGAAAGCGAGGGAAGGAAAAUGCUUUUGAUGGAAAAGUUGAUGCAAAUUUGCCAAAUGACACUGACAAGAAGUCCAAGAAAGUUAAGAAGGGCCACAAAGGCAAUAAGGAUGAUCUUACAUCAGAAAUGCAUGACUCUAAUAAGAAUUCUGGAACUGAAGGUACUGGUUCAUGUGGUGCUAAGAAAAAAAUGAAGAGGGAUAGAUCUUCUGAGCUGGAAAAUACUAAAGAUAAUGAUGAAAUAUUGAAGGAGAUGAACUGUGGAAUCACAAUGACCAGGAAAGAUGGUGUAAAGCCCUUUAGAAAGGAUAACACAAUGAGAGAUGAAAUUGAGUCUGCGAAUACACUGGUUGUUUUAAAGCUGCAUAAUGCUAAUAUUUUCCCAGACAUACCGAUGCCUCUGGGGACAGAAUUAAACAAUGUGGCUGGGUUUGAUGUAUCGACAGAAGAUGUUGGAAAUGCAUUGCAGUUUUUAGAAUUUUGUGCUGCUUUUGGAAAGACUCUAGAGUUGAAAAAGGGACAGCCAGAGCAUGUUCUUCAAGACAUGUUCAAGGGGAGAGUUGGGCGCCGAGGAAAAUUUUCUGUGACAGUUCAAUUUCAUAUUCUCCUACUAUCCAUUUUACAGACAGAGCAAGGAGAAGAAUGUGGAGAACUAAGUCCAUCAGUUGGAAAAAACUCAUGGUUCAGUGCACUUAAGAACUGCUUCUCUGAGUCUCAAAGCUUUGGUAAAGCUCAGGGACUGGAUUGUUUAGAGAGGGCAUCUGAUUACGAAUCUCUAGAACCUUCUGAAAAGCUCAGGCUUUUAAAUUUCCUCUGUGAUGAAAUUCUUGAAACUGAAAAGUUGAGGAGUUGGAUCGAUGAGCAGAACACAGAAUUUGCUGAAAAAGCCAAGGAAGCUAGACAAGAAGUUUUUGCUGCAACACAGAAGGAGAAAACUUUGAAGCAGAAAAUGAAAGAUGAUAUUGCUGAAGCCAUUAUUGCCAAGCAUGGUGCUCCUCUUUUGAUUUUAGAGCAUGAAGCCAUUGUCUCCAAUAUUAAACGGGAAGCAGAAGAAGCUCAUGCCAAGGUGCUUGAGUCAAAGGGCAUACUUCUUGAAAAAAGUCGGACUUGCAACGCUAUGCGAAUAGAGCCUUUGCUUGUGGAACAUAGUGGUAAUGCAUACUGGAAACUGAAUUGUUUUGGCAAUGUACUGCGCCAGUAUGUUGGAAAGGGAGACACUCUUACAUUAAAUGAGAAAUGGUUCUCUAUUGACGAUGAAGGAAAAGAAGCAGUUCAGAAGCACAUCGACUCUUUGAGCGGAAAAAGGCAGAGCUUCCGAUGUAGACAAAACUGAAGGUUUGUGGCUGAUGGAAAAUAUGUGCUGCUUCUGCAAAAUAUGGAUGAAAUAACAAGUUCAGAUGCUUCUGCAAAAUGUGUUCAGUGUGUUCUUUCUCCCUAUUUUGUUUGUUGAAUUUUGUAGAAGAUAUUCUGACAAGCAAGACUCUCGGAAGCAUUUGGAAAUGAAAUAUGUUUGUUUGUUAAGGAAAAUAUGAAUCAUGUGUAGUUUUGGCCAUUUGGGUGAUCACUUUUCUUUUUGUUAGGAAAAUAGUCGUAGAGAGAGCAGAAAAUCAUUGAGAUAAUGCUUAACUGAUUGUAAUUGUCAACGUAUAUUUUAUUGAAGCUGGUAAAUGUUUAAUUUCAA